AUGAAAAGUAUGAAGAAGUUACUAUUGGCUGUGAUGAAUCCGAAUAAAUUUCGUGCCUGUGAAUAUCUUAUCCGUUAUCACGAAAGAAGAAACGAUAAGAUUAUUGUAUUCGCUGAUAAUGUAUUCGCUUUGAAAUAUUAUGCUACAAAAAUGGGACGACCAUUUCUAUACGGUCCAACUGGUCAAGCAGAACGUAUGCAAAUAUUACAGUAUUUUCAGCAUAAUCCUAAUGUGCCAACAAUAUUUGUAUCCAAAGUUGCUGACAACUCUUUUGACUUAUCCGAAGCAACAGUACUCAUUCAAAUCAGUGCUCAUGGUGGUAGUCGUCGUCAAGAAGCUCAACGUUUGGGUCGUAUUCUGCGAGCGAAACGAGGAAUGGAUGCUGAAGCCUAA